UCGGCGCGGGCUGCGCACGCGCUCGUAUAGGAGAUCUUCAUUUAUCGUGGUGUAUUUCGUUUUGGUGGUGUUUUGUAUUAAUUGUGAUAUAAAUGUCCGUUUAUAGGUGUAGUGCAGUGCUAAUUUGAUGAUGUCAGAACAAAGCACAGAGGGGUUCAACCUGGAUGGUAUUCUGAGUGAACUGGGCAGCUUCGGCAAGUACCAGCUGUUGCUGCUCAUGCUGCUCGCCUUCAGGGACUCCUUCCUCAUGAUGUGCAACUUUAACUAUGUGUUCACGGCCGCUGAUGUGCCCUUUCGCUGCAUCCAACCCUCCCUCGACAAUACAACAGUAUCGUGGAUAGACUUUCCCACACGAGAUGGCGCCACAUGUUACCAUGGCAACGGGAGCGCUGGCGACACCUCGCGGGUGUUCUGUGAAAACAUCGUGUACGAGAACUAUAAUAGCGUUGUUGCUGAGUUCAACCUGGGCUGCCAGCCGUGGAAGGCGACGCUCAUUGGCACGGUGCAUAAUCUUGGACUGGUGUUCUCUUUCAUACUGUCCGGCUUUAUCUCGGAUCGAUACGGUCGCAAAGUAAUAAUAGUAGCAACGCCACUGGUAGUAGGCGUGGCCGGGCUACUCAAGUCAUUCGCGGCUGACUACUGGACGCUACUCGCGUUAGAGUUCCUAGAAACAGCAUUAGGGUAUGGCAACGCGUCUAUGGUGCUCUCGCUGGAGGCGGUGAGCCACUCGCAGCGCGUGGUGUUCGCGUGUCUGUCGGACACGCUGGCGAGCGCGGGCGGCGCGGGCUUCGGCCUGCUCGCCUGGCGCGUGCCCUACUGGCGGCACCUCAUGCGCGCCAUCUACGCACCGCUGCUCGUUGUGGUGGUGUACAUAUUCGCGGUGGACGAGGGCGUGCGGUGGCUGGUGGCCCGCGGGCGGCGCGCGGAGGCGGCGCGCGUGCUGCGCAAGGUGGCCAAGGUCAACCGCGUCACGCUCAGCCCGCGCGCGCGCGACACGCUCGCCCGCAUCGCCGCCGGGGACGCGCCCGCACAGGAUACAGAGGAACAGAGCGGUGUGCUAGCAGCGCUCCGUUCCCGCGCUCUGUGCGCUCGCGCCGCGCUACUAGCGGCCAGCUUCGUGUGCUGUUCCUUCGUGUUCAGCGGCGCCAUACUCAACUCCGUCACUAUAUCCAGCACUAAGUACCUCAACUUCUCCAUUAUGAUGCUUGUGCAGGUACCAACGCGUCUAGUGACAGCGCUUACACUAACGCGGUUUGGCCGCAAGCUCCCGAUCUGCGUCGCGUACUGCUUCUGUGCUGUGUUCUUCAUGGCCUCUGCUUUUGUGCCUAAAUCGUUCUGGUGGGCGACACUAGUGCUGUACAUGGCGGGCAAGAUGUGCAGCAGCUACGGCAUCUACUCGAUGCACGUGCUCGCGCUGGAGCUGUUCCCGACGCGCGCGCGCAACUCGCUCACCAACCUCGCCAACACGGUCGGCCGGCUCGGCUCCGUGCUCGCGCCGCAGACCCCGCUGCUGGAGGGCUACUUCCCCGGGCUGCCCAGUAUUCUAUUCUCUCUCGCAGCGCUCGGCCCCGCGAUACUCGCACUUGCGUUACCUGAUACUGCAAAAGCUGCAUUACCGGAUAAAUUGGCUGAUGCUGAGAACAUUGAUGGGAAAGAUGCUGAUAAAGAAAUGGUUGCUAAGGAAACCGUGAAAGAGCGGUUAUGAUGGAGAAGAAAAUAAGGAAAUAGUGAAAAAAUGUGAUACUAUGCAGUGUUAAAAGUGAACUAUGCAAAAAUGUGUGACAACCGGAUUGACAUUAAAGUGAAAUAUGUGAAAAGUGAAAAUCUAAAAAGUACGAUGAAAAGCUACCAUAUUUCCAUGAUUUAAACAACCACGCUGUACUGCAAAAGCUGCAUUACCGGAUAAAUUGGCUGAUGCUGAGAAUAUUGAUGGGAAAGAUGCUGACAAAGAAAUGGCAGCAUGAAGAAAAUCAAUAAUAAGGAGACUUUGAAUGAGAAUUUAUAAUGGAGGUAGUGUUCGAAAUACUGGUAUUAGAAAAAAGUGGAUAGAGCAAGAAAAACGAAAUAAGGAAAGACUUUAAAGUAUAAAUCAUUGAGGAAGAAAAAACACUCCAAUAGUGCAGAUAGUCUUACUAAUGGUAAAAUGAGCAAAGAAAAUUAACAGUGUGUUAAAUGAACGAUUUAAAGAGUUAGUUAAUUGAUAAAUGAUUGAUAAUGAAGUUGACUGUGAUAGUAAUGGCAACUAAGGCAGUAGUUAUUAGUGAAUUUUUUUGUCAGAUAAAAUUUAUAAAGUAAAAGGAAUCGAUGGAUAAGAGGUGCUUGCCAAGGAUAGUUUCCUUAAAGAGCGUUCUAACAAUGGCUAUAACAAAAUCAGACAGAAUGACGUGUUUCUAAUAUUGAAUAAAUAAAUGUUUGAGUUUGAGACUAUUGAUUAAAAAAAAAAUGUUGUGUGGUUUUAUGAAACCACGAUAAAAGUGAAACUUUUUU